AUGGAAAACAGCACCUCGCAGAGGGUGGACGCCCUGGAGGGAACGCUGGCAGACCUGAAAGCCCAGAUGGCUACCAUCGUGGAGAAACUACAAACCCCGGACGACAACCUGUCGCGAGCAGUAACAGCAGCCGUAAGGGCUGCCAUGGAGGAGGAGAGACAAAAAAUCGCGGAGGAAAGGAAGAAAACCGAGGAGAACGUAACAGCCGCCGUUGAUAAGGUGGAGGAACGUUUGAUUCGCUUCCGAUCCACGGUCGAUACACAAGCCGCAAUCGAUCGCCAGAAGAUCACCAAAUUGCAGGAGGAACUGGAGAAAACGAGGCAACCUCAAGCACAAGGAAUGCAGCAACCUAUUCCGGUGGUGGAAGAGAACAGCCCGCGAUUGGGUGGAGGGAAUAACCUCACGCCAGGUAGAGAGAAGCCGUACGAAGAGCAAGACUGGCCGCACUUUGAACAAGGGGAUUGGCGCUGGAGAGGAGCCGGAGAGGGCGGCGGCGGUCACUGGAAGCACCGGAAGUUGGAGAUGCCACUCUUCGACGGGUCAGACCCCGAUAAUUGGACGGCGAGGGCCGAAAUGUACUAUGAUUUUUACAAAUUGACGGAGAAGGAAACGAUGGAGGUAGCGGUAGUGGCGAUGGAUGGAGCCGCUCUGAAAUGGUUCCAGUGGGAGCAAAAGCGGCGGCCUUUUUAUGGGUGGCCAGACCUCAAGCAGAGGGCCUUGAGCGAAUUCCGACCUUCCCACUCGGGAACGCUCCACGAACAGUGGCUGGCGGUGACGCAAGAAGGGUCGGGGUCGGUGGCAGAAUACCGUCGGAAAUUCAUUGAGAUGGCGGCGCCGCUAGAGGACGUGCCGAAGAGUAUCAUGUUAGGGCAAUUCAUCCACGGGUUGAACAGGGAAGUGAAAUCGGAGCUGAGACUCCUCAACCCGCCUAACCUUGAAAGAGCCAUGGAAAUGGCAGGAAGAAUAGAAGAGAAGAAUCGGGUUCAGCUGGGAAAGAAGCCAUUAAGUAAUUGGAGAGGUGGGUCAACGGCUGGGCCCUCAAACUCGGGCCCAAUGCAAGGCAACCCAACCUUCAGUAAAGGAGGCCUCAUAGCUUCCUACGGGCUACCCAGCAGCAGUGGGCCGCCCAAACCCUGGCCCAAGGCUCCUGAGUCCCAAGGGUCCGUGAAUUUGGGCCGGGCCACGUCGGGCCCAAGUCAAAGUGUUUCCGGGGUUACGAGGAGGUUGACCGAGAGUGAGUUAGCAGAAAGGAGGACAAAAGGGUUGUGCUUUAAGUGUGAUGAAAGGUGGGGUGUAGGGCAUCGUUGUAAGAGAAAGGAGCUUAGUGUGUUGUUAGUCGCGGAGGGUGAAGUCGAGUUGGAGGACGAAGGGCCGGAGUUGGGAAGUGACACCCUGUCGGAAGAAGUUGGAGGCAUGUCGUUGUGCUCGGUGAUCGGGAUACACAACCCAAAAACGAUGAAGUUGAGGGGAGUAGUAAAAGGGCAAGAAGUAGUGGUGAUGAUUGAUCCCGGGGCUACUCAUAAUUUUUUAGCUAUUUCGGUAGUCGAGCAAGCGGCCAUACCCAUCUCACAAGGUGGGGAAUUUGCGGUAUCCUUAGGAAACGGGGAUACAAUUCGUGGUAGAGGAGUGUGUAAGGGAGUCAAGGUGGAAUUGAGGGGAGGUAUCACCGUUAUUGAGGAUUUUUUUCCUCUCACUUUAGGGAGUGCCGAGGUAAUUUUAGGAGUUCAAUGGCUCGAGAAGUUAGGUCCGGUGGUGACUAAUUGGCGUACUCACAUCAUGAAGUUCAACAUCGGAGGUGUGCCGGUGACCCUUACCGGAGACCCUACUCUCGAAAAGACCCAAGUUUCGUUAAAGGCCAUGGUGAGGGUGCUUAAAAAAGAGAAGUUAGGCCUUUGGGUCGAAUUCAACCAAGCUGAAACACAAGAAAUGGGCCCAACUGAAGUUAGCCCACCUUCUUACUUGAUGAAUGUCUUGGGCCAAUUUAAAGGGGUCUUCAAUAUGCCUAAUGGGCUGCCACCAGAAAGGGGCCAUGAGCAUUCCAUUGUUCUUAAAGAUGGGGUCGACCCAAUUAGUGUGAGAUCAUAUAGAUUCCCACAAAUUCAAAAGGAUGAAGUUGAAAGGCUUAUCCGGGAAAUGCUCGAAUCCGGGAUUAUCAAACCGUCUUCUAGCCCCUUCUCAAGUCCGGUUUUACUCGUGAAAAAAAAAGAUGGCUCGUGGAGGUUUUGUGUAGAUUACCGGGCCCUCAACAAGGAAACCGUUCCCGAUAAAUAUCCAAUCCCGGUUAUUGAUGAGCUAUUAGACGAGUUACAUGGAGCAACGGUUUUCUCCAAGCUCGAUUUGAAAUCCGGUUAUCAUCAAAUCCGGGUUCGACCGAGCGAUACUCACAAGACGGCUUUCCGGACACACGAGGGGCAUUAUGAGUUCCUCGUGAUGCCUUUCGGCCUCACAAAUGCGCCGGCGAGGUUUCAAUCACUUAUGAACGACGUUUUUCGGCCAUAUUUAAGGAAGUUUGUUUUGGUCUUUUUCGAUGAUAUUUUAAUAUAUAGUAAGGCAGCGGAAGAGCACGUCCAUCAUUUACAGUUGGUCCUUCAAAAGUUGGAAGAAAAUCAAUUAUAUGCAAAUUAUAAGAAAUGCGAAUUUGGGAAGGGUGAAAUUGCAUAUCUUGGUCAUGUCAUAUCGAAGCAGGGAGUUUCCAUGGAUGGAGAUAAAAUUCGAUCCAUUGUAGAGUGGAAAACCCCGAGGAAUCUCCGUGAGCUUAGGGGAUUUUUGGGAUUAACGGGUUAUUAUCGCAAGUUUGUCAAACACUAUGCUCAGAUUGCCGGCCCCCUCACGGCUCAAUUGAAGAAAGAAAAUUACGGAUGGACGGAAGAAGCCACGGCAGCGUUCCAGAACCUGAAGACCGCCAUGACCACAGCCCCGGUCCUGGCUGUCCCCGAUUUCCGCGAAGGUUUCGUGGUGGAAACCGACGCCUCCGAAUACGGAUUGGGGGUAGUAAUGAUGCAGCGAGAUCGCCCAAUUGCUUUCUUUAGUAAACUCUUGGGGGUGCGAGCUCGGGCCAAAUCGAUUUAUGAGAAGGAGUUAAUGGCUAUCUCAUUGGCGGUGGCGAAGUGGCGCCAUUAUCUAUUGGGUCGAUCAUUCGUUGUGCGCACGGAUCAGCAGAGCCUCAAGUACUUAACUGAGAAGUGAGUAGUGAAUACCAGAGGUGGCUUCGGAAACUCGUGGGGUUCGAUUUCACCAUUCAGUAUAAACCGGGCACCGCCAACAGGGUGGCUGAUGCGUUGUCACGCAAGGAUGAAGCUCUGGUUAUCAAACCAGUGAAGGGGACGAAGAAAGAAGAUGAAGUGGUUGAGUUUGGGUCUUUAGUUCACUCUUGUUAUGUGGACUGGACUGAUCUUGAGAAGGAGUUGGAGAAUGAUAAAGGAUUGGGCCAGAUUAUGUUGGGCUUGAAACAAGGGAAAGAAGGGCCUAAAGGGUUUCACAUUGAAGGGGAUAGACUCUUUUAUAAAGAUCGUAUUGUAUUGCCUAACCAUUCAAAAUAUAUUGCUUUACUUUUGCAGGAGUAUCACAGUACCCCCAUUGGUGGCCAUGACGGUGAGCUCAAGACCUAUCUCCGACUCACCGCCGAUUGGUUUUGGGCCGGGAUGAGAAAAGAUGUGGCUAAAUUUGUUCGGGAAUGCGAUGUUUGUCAACGAAGCAAGACUAUCACUAAGCGGCCGUUGGGAUUGCUCCAACCGCUCCCUAUUCCCGAGGCUGUUUGGGAGGAAAUUUCAAUGGACUUCGUGGAGGGUCUUCCCUUAUCCCGAGGAAGCGACGCGGUGUUAGUAGUGGUGGAUCGCUUGUCGAAGUAUGCCCAUUUCAUUGGUCUCAAACACCCCUUUAACGCCCUCAAAGUAGCAGAUUUCUUUGUCAAAGAAGUUGUCCGACUUCAUGGAUUUCCGGCAUCCAUUGUGUCAGAUCGAGAUCGAGUCUUCAUGAGUAUAUUCUGGAAGGAGUUGUUUCGAUUGCAAGGAACGCAUCUCCGAAGAAGCACGUCCUACCAUCCUCAAACCGAUGGUCAAACGGAGAUCGUGAACAAGAGCCUGGAGAUGUAUUUGCGAUGUUUCAUUGCGGAAAAACCAAAGAGUUGGGCUCGAUGGCUCCCGUGGGCGGAGUAUUCUUAUAACACCUCACCCCACACCUCUACUAAGAUGACACCUUUUCGAGUGGUUUACGGGAGAGAUCCACCCAAGCUGUGGCGUUUAAGGGCUGGUCAAACCAUGGUUAGCAGUCUUGAAGAAAUGUUAAUGGAGAGGGAUGCGAUAUUGGACGAGCUACGAUUGAAUUUGAACCGAGCCCAGCAAGUAAUGAAGGGUUACGCGGACAAACAAAGGAAGGAUGAGGAAUUUUCGAUUGGGGAAAGAGUGUUCCUUAAAUUGCAACCUUAUCGUCAGAAAUCACUUGCGAAGAGACCAUUUGAGAAGUUGGCUGCCAGAUUCUAUGGGCCUUUUGAAAUU